AUGUAUAAAAUACCAUGCUACAAACAUGAAGGUUCUUAUGUUUAAUUCAUAAAUACAGAUAAAGAAAAAACUUAAUUCAUUUGUGAUUAGUGCUAAUAGGACUUAUUUGAUUUGAAUCCUAACUUUAAUUUUUAGAAUCUAAUAAAUCUAAACAGAGUAAUUUAGAUUAUCAAUAUAUAAGGGAUUGAAGUCUCCUGAAUUUCUCUUUUCAAAAUUAGAAGUAUCUGGAGAUAUAAGGAAUUUUUUUGGAGAAUAUUCAAAACAUGAUGUAAUUAGUUUAAAUAACUAAAUAAAACAAUUUGAAUCCUUGAUUGCUGAAAUUUAAAAUGGAUUUACAAAAAUGAUUGAUGAAUUAUAAUAGAAUAUUAAAUUAUUUUUGGAUACAAAAUAAAUAAUUCGAUAGGAUUUAGAAUAAGUAUUAAUAUAUAAUCAAAAAUUUUUAGAUAAUUAAAUUUAAUGAGUUCAAAUAAAUAAUGAAUAAAUUAGUGGAAUUAGGAGAUUCAAUCAAUCCUAAAGCUAUUGAAUAAGCAGAAGCAGAUAUAAAUUAAUAUUUUUAGUUUAUUUCAAAAGAUUGCAAAUAAUUAUUAACAGAAAAUAUAUAAGAAAAUUAUUAAAGGAAUAAAUAGAAAUUAAAAAAUGAAGAAACCUUUAUGUUUUCUUAAUUUAAAAAAUUAGAGUCUUUACUUUAAUCCAUAAUAUUUAAACAUAAUGAAUUUACUAAACAAUUAUAACCAAUACCUCCAAAAAGUUUUAUUUUAAGUGAUUAAUUCUAUGAUAGAAUAAUUAGUUAGAUAGAAAUAAAAUCAAAGAAAAAGAUAUUAGAUUCUAAUUUGAUUUUUAAAGGUUCUAGAGAUGGAUUGAAUGCUAGUUCAUUUUGGAAAUGUUGUAAUUAAAAAUCUAAUUUGUUGAUGAUAUUUAAGUCAUCUAAUAAAUCUAUAUUUGGAGGAUAUUCUCCAUGUAAAUGGGUAGGUGAGUAAUAUAUUACACAUAUUUCUGAUCCAACAUAUUCAACAUUUCUAUUUUGUUAAGAUAAGAAUGAAAUUUAUGAUUAAAAAGAUGGAUUUCAAAAUAGUGCUAUUUGUUGCAAUAUCUAAGGUGGACCUAUAUUUGGAGCAGGUCAUGAUCUAUAUAUAGGAAAUGAUUUUGUUGAUGGAUAUUCAAAAUUAGGACGAACAUUUAAAAAUCCUUAAUUAUAAUAAAAAAAUGUUUGGAGUUUUAUGGAAACUUAAGAAUAAUCAAGUUAUUUAUUUGGUUAGUUAACUCCAAAUAUUGUAGAAUGUCAAAUAUUUGAAAUAACAUUUUAAUGA